GCUCGCCUGGGUAGCGCCGCCCUCUCGCUCGGCUCCCCAACAUGGCGGCCAGCAGCGCCUCAGCCUCCGCUUCCGCCGCGGCGCCCCCCGGGGGCUCCAACCCGGCCGGGCCCGGCGGGGCCUCGGGCCUCACCGCCUCCAUCACGGGCACCAUGAACAAGAAGAAGAAGCCGUUCCUGGGCAUGCCGGCGCCGCUGGGCUACGUGCCGGGCCUGGGCCGCGGUGCCACGGGUUUUACCACCCGUUCUGAUAUUGGCCCAGCUCGAGAUGCCAACGACCCAGUGGAUGAUCGUCAUGCUCCGCCAGGGAAGAGAACUGUUGGGGACCAGAUGAAGAAAAACCAGGCUGAUGAUGAUGAUGAAGAUCUGAAUGACACCAAUUAUGAUGAGUUUAACGGCUAUGCGGGGAGCCUGUUCUCAAGUGGUCCAUACGAAAAAGACGACGAGGAAGCUGAUGCUAUUUAUGCAGCUUUGGAUAAGAGAAUGGAUGAACGGAGAAAAGAGAGAAGAGAACAACGGGAGAAAGAGGAGAUUGAAAAGUACCGUAUGGAACGUCCCAAAAUUCAGCAGCAGUUCUCAGAUUUAAAAAGGAAGCUAGCGGAAGUCACAGAGGAAGAGUGGCUGAGUAUUCCAGAAGUUGGUGAUGCUAGGAACAAACGUCAGAGGAACCCACGUUAUGAGAAACUGACUCCUGUUCCUGAUAGUUUCUUUGCUAAACACUUACAGACUGGGGAGAAUCACACUUCUGUGGACCCCCGGCAAACGCAAUUUGGCGGUCUGAACACUCCGUAUCCAGGGGGUUUGAACACUCCGUAUCCAGGAGGAAUGACACCUGGGCUAAUGACACCUGGGACAGGUGAACUGGAUAUGAGGAAGAUUGGGCAGGCCAGGAAUACCUUGAUGGAUAUGAGACUGAGCCAGGUCUCUGACUCUGUGAGUGGCCAAACUGUGGUAGACCCAAAGGGAUAUCUGACAGACUUGAAUUCUAUGAUACCUACACAUGGAGGAGAUAUCAAUGACAUCAAGAAAGCUCGUUUACUUCUGAAGUCUGUGCGGGAGACCAACCCUCAUCAUCCACCAGCUUGGAUAGCUUCAGCCCGACUGGAAGAGGUUACUGGCAAACUGCAAGUAGCUCGAAACCUCAUCAUGAAGGGGACAGAAAUGUGCCCCAAGAGUGAAGAUGUUUGGUUAGAAGCUGCCCGGCUGCAGCCUGGAGAUACGGCUAAGGCUGUGGUGGCCCAGGCAGUCCGCCACCUCCCACAGUCUGUCCGGAUUUAUAUCAGAGCAGCAGAACUGGAGACAGAUAUACGAGCAAAGAAACGUGUCCUUAGGAAAGCCCUCGAGCAUGUUCCGAACUCAGUACGCUUGUGGAAGGCAGCAGUGGAGUUAGAAGAACCUGAAGAUGCUAGGAUAAUGCUGAGCCGAGCAGUGGAAUGCUGUCCAACCAGCGUGGAAUUAUGGCUUGCUCUGGCAAGGCUGGAGACAUAUGAGAAUGCUCGCAAAGUCUUAAACAAAGCCCGUGAGAACAUUCCAACAGACCGUCACAUUUGGAUAACUGCUGCCAAACUGGAGGAAGCCAAUGGAAACACUCAGAUGGUGGAGAAAAUCAUUGACAGAGCUAUCACGUCCCUCAGGGCAAAUGGGGUAGAAAUCAACAGGGAGCAGUGGAUCCAGGAUGCUGAGGAGUGUGAUAAAGCUGGGAGUGUGGCUACGUGUCAGGCUAUUAUGCGAGCCGUGAUUGGGAUUGGGAUCGAAGAGGAAGAUCGGAAACAUACCUGGAUGGAAGAUGCAGAUAGUUGUGUUGCUCACAAUGCCCUAGAGUGUGCUCGGGCAAUUUAUGCUUAUGCCUUACAAGUUUUCCCAAGCAAGAAAAGUGUUUGGUUGCGAGCAGCUUACUUUGAAAAGAACCACGGAACCAGGGAAUCGCUGGAGGCUCUCUUGCAGAGAGCUGUGGCGCACUGUCCUAAAGCAGAAGUGCUGUGGCUCAUGGGAGCCAAAUCAAAGUGGCUGGCUGGAGAUGUGCCUGCAGCCAGAAGCAUUUUGGCCCUGGCUUUCCAGGCCAACCCCAACAGUGAAGAGAUCUGGCUGGCUGCUGUGAAGCUGGAGUCUGAAAACAACGAAUAUGAAAGAGCGAGGAGAUUACUGGCGAAAGCACGUAGCAGUGCCCCCACAGCCAGAGUCUUUAUGAAGUCUGUGAAAUUGGAAUGGGUGCUCGGGAACAUUGCUGCUGCCCAGGAGCUCUGUGAGGAAGCCCUGAAGCACUAUGAAGACUUCCCCAAGCUGUGGAUGAUGAAAGGGCAGAUUGAGGAGCAAGACGAGCUAAUAGAAAAAGCUCGGGAAGCCUAUAAUCAAGGGUUGAAGAAGUGCCCCCAUUCCACACCCCUGUGGCUCUUGCUGUCCAGGCUGGAGGAAAAAGUUGGGCAACUGACCAGAGCAAGAGCCAUCUUGGAGAAGUCUCGCUUGAAGAAUCCAAAGAAUCCAGACCUCUGGUUAGAGUCUGUGCGAUUAGAAUACAGAGCUGGACUAAAAAACAUUGCUAAUACGCUGAUGGCCAAGGCAUUGCAGGAAUGUCCCAACUCGGGAAUCCUAUGGUCAGAAGCAAUUUUCCUUGAGGCAAGACCACAGCGAAAGACCAAAAGUGUGGAUGCCCUGAAGAAGUGUGAGCAUGACCCUCACGUCCUGUUGGCUGUAGCCAAGUUGUUCUGGAGCGAGCGUAAAAUAACCAAGGCCCGAGAAUGGUUCCAUCGAACAGUGAAGAUAGAUUCAGACCUGGGGGAUGCCUGGGCUUUCUUCUACAAAUUUGAGCUACAGCACGGCACUGAGGAGCAGCAGGAAGAGGUGAAGAAGCGCUGUGAGAAUGCUGAGCCCCGCCAUGGAGAGUUGUGGUGUGAAGUGUCCAAGGACAUAGAGAACUGGCAGAAAAAAAUUGGAGAGAUCCUAGUAGUUGUGGCAGCCAAAAUUAAAAAUGCCUUCUAGAGUAUGCCAUGUUCAUCUGCCUCAAUCAUCCCUGCAGGACAUGGCCCCUUUGCUAGACAUGUUUCCAACACCCUCAACCCUGCCAGCGACACAAUUGCUUAGAGCAAACAAAGGAAGUUGGUGGAACAAAUGAGGACCCCUGGUUUUCCAAAAACAUUAUUAUGAUGAGGAGACGGUCCCUUCCACUCCUGCGGUAGUGCUUGAGACUGCACAUUGCAGUCGUUGGUGAGGCAUAAUCCGAUGCGUUUGUGUUGUAAUGUCUUCUGUGAACAUUGCUGGCAGGUAAUGGUGCUGAGGCAUUUUGCGUAGGUUUGAUGGGCAUUCUCAUUCGGAUGUCUGAACCCAUUCUGUAAAUUCAAACCUUAAUUAUUGAUCGCUUUCUGAUGACUUGCAGCUCCUCUAGUGUCUUCCCUGGCACGAGUUCUCUUCCUGUCAACCAGGCCUUCAGUUUCUUGGUGUUUGGCCCUUUUAAUGAUGACUCUUGGUCAACAAAGCUGUGUCCUUCAUAUUUAAGCAUACUAAGGCUUAAAGAACGAGGAACCAAAGAACAAUUAUUGCUGAAAGACAUGCCUGGAAUGUUGGGAUGGAAGGAAGGGCAUGGUGGCAGAAACAGAAGGCAAAACUGUAUGUUUGGUGUGACAAAGCUAGACUGGAACUGCCUCCUCAACUUUUGGGGUAGACUCCUGGUCAGAUUUGUGUGGAAAACUAUUCUUAAUUGAGCAUUUUGUGAAAUCCAAUAACCAGAACCUAUUUUUAGUGAUAUUUUCUCUAAUUUUUAAAUGUAUAAUGUAAGCAUUUUCUUUUAAUGGAAUAAUUUCACUUUAAUACUACAGCAGUAGUGUUAAAACAACAUGGUAAAAAUAACUCGAGGCUCUUUAAAGGAAAAAUCCUUAUUCUUAGAACCAUUCAGAAGCCAUGUGCUUUAACAACUGAAGCUGAUCUCCAGGAUGGAUGGAUAUGAAACACUUCUCCAAGCUCAGAUGGAGAAACUAGCUUGUUGCUUGGAUGAUCUUGGAGCACAUAGACGAUAUCUGUGUCUGUAGCCCCUGUAAGUUGUCUUAGGUUCAUGAGUAAAGUUUUCUAAACCUAUGAGCAGUGCCAUUUUUUGACCCAAAGGGGUGACUUUCAUUCUCUUGAUCCUCCUUUGAGUGAAAAGAAAUGUCCUCCAGAGAGAUUGUAUCUAUUUUAUUCUUCACCAACUGAAAGAUACAAAUGUCUCCAACUUCAUUUAAUAGCAUUUGUAUAUUAGGAUAUAGUGAUUUUUUUUUAAAGUAUGUAUCAUCAUAGAAUGCUGUUUGAAGAAAACCUGUCACUUGCCUGGAAAACUGUACAGAUGUAAUGGGAUGCUAUAAAAUACAACUGUCUUGUGUUUCGCUUUGAA